AUGGCGCUCGCAUUGUCGACAGUAAACCCAGACUAUCACCAUUUCAGCUUGCUCGACUUGAGCAUCUCGUAUCCUUACCGGGAGAAAGCCAAACUCAGCCUCGGAGUAUUCACACUUCUAUCGGUCAUCCUGCCAGUUGCAGUCAUCGUAGCUGUCUCCCUUUUCGUCCCAAAAUCCGCGUUGUCAAGCUCGAAUACCCGUGAGCGCCGGCAUCGGAAGCUCUGGGAAUUGAACGCCAGCUUGCUCGGACUGGGCGUAAGUCUUGGUACAGCUACGGUCAUCUUCACGGGGGUCAAAAACCUCUCCGGAAAGCCUCGCCCAGACUUCCUUGCACGCUGUAAGCCAGAUGUGGGAAACGUGGCCGCUCACAGAGUGGGUGGCUAUGGGCAGGCGGUCUCUGAAUCGUGGGUGAUGGUAGAUGGAGGCAUCUGCCAGGAAGCAGAUAGAAUGUGGUUGAACGAUGGAUUCAGGAGCUUUCCUAGUGGCUAUGCAACAAUUGCGUUUGCGGGUCUAUGGUAUCUUACCCUAUACCUGAGCGCCCGAUUUGGCGUGGUACCCCUAUCUAUAGCGAACCACCCAUCGCGUAACGGGUCGCCGGAAAACGACGAGGCAGGCGAGCAAUUAAUUCAGAGAUCUGCCCAACCUGCGGACCGCCACUCGUCCGCAAAGGAUACGGCGGCUUCACCAGCUUUCCUGCUUCCAUUGCCGUAUAUCCCACUUGGUCUUGCCAUUUUCGUUGCCGGGACCAGGUAUUUCGACUUCAGGAACCAUGGCUUUGACGUACUGGCCGGAUCCGCAGUGGGUACGCUUACCGCUUGGUUCGGCUUCAGAAUGUAUCAUCCACCACUUUCAAGCCGUACGAGGCGUCCCUGGGGGCCACGUAACGACCAAGCAGCGUUUGGUGAUGGAAGCUAG